UCACUGACUUCACGUGACGUUUGUCGCUGUUAGCGUUAGCAUCUGUCUCCUUCACGAGGACUUUGUAGUUUGUAGCUGCUUCAAACUACAAACACACACUAAUAUAUUUAUUUAUAUUUAUCUAUUUAUUUAUGUCGUCUGUACCGGAAACGGUAGAAAGUGUAGUUGUUGUUAUUGCACGUGCACAGGUAGCAGCAUGAGGUUCAGCUUUAACACGCAGCUGCUCAGCAGAGUCUUCAUCAGUUUACCUGCAGCAGGGCGAUGGCGAGCAGCUCAGUCCAGACUCUUCUGCAGCUCUCCAUCAUCAUCAGACCAGGAGAAGCCCAGAGCCUCCAUGCUCAGACACCUGACCUCCAAAAUAAAAGCCACAGGUCCAGUCACAGUGGCGGAGUACAUGAGAGAGGUGCUCACCAACCCGGUGACGGGUUAUUACGUGAAGAACGACAUGCUCGGACCGGACGGAGAUUUCAUCACGUCGCCUGAGAUCAGUCAGAUUUUCGGAGAGCUGAUCGGCGUGUGGAUCAUCAGUGAGUGGAUGGGAGCGGGUCAACCCAAACAGCUGCAGCUGGUGGAGCUCGGGCCUGGAAGAGGAUCUCUGUCCAGCGACGUCCUCAGAGUCUUCAGUCAGCUGCGGUCCGUCUUCGGCGGGGCUUCGGUGUCCGUCCACCUGGUCGAGGUGAGUCCGGUGCUGAGUCGUCUUCAGGCCCAGAGUCUGACCGGGAACAGCAGCCAGGAGGCCGACAGCGAGGACGAGCCCGUUUACCGCCACGGGGAAACUGCAGCCGGGCUGCCGGUGUCCUGGUACCGCCGCUUAGACGACGUCCCUGCAGGAUUCAGCAUCUUCCUCGCUCACGAGUUCUUCGACGCUCUGCCGAUCCACAAGUUUCAGCGGACACCGAAAGGUUGGAGGGAGGUGAUGGUGGACAUCGACCCGGAGAAACCGGACCGGCUGAGGUUCGUCAUGGCACCGUCUCCCACUCCGGCCUCGUCCACGCUCGUACAGGCAGAUGAAAGGCGGGGUCACGUGGAGGUGUGUGCAGAGGGCGGAGUCAUCGUCCAGCAGCUGGCCCGGCGGAUCGCAGCGGACGGCGGCGCGGCGCUGAUCGCCGACUACGGCCACGACGGGACGAAGACGGACACGUUCAGAGGUUUUAAAGGUCACCAGCUCCACGACGUCCUGUCCUCGCCGGGCUCGGCUGACCUCACCGCCGAUGUGGACUUCAGCUACCUGCGGAGGAUGGCCGGAGGGGGCGUGGCCUGUCUGGGACCCGUCACUCAGAGGACGUUCCUGAAAAACAUGGGCAUCGACUCACGACUACAGGUUCUGCUGAGAAACUGCAGCGACCCGACCACCAGGAAGCAGCUGACAAGCAGCUACGACAUGCUGACCAACCCGGCCAAGAUGGGCGAGCGCUUCCACUUCUUCAGCCUGCUGCACCACAGCCGGCUGGCCAAACCCAAGAAACCAGACGGGCUGAAGCUGGAGAAGAAGAAAAGCCCGGCGCCGCUGCCUGUGGCCGGAUUCACCGAGCUCAGCUUCUCCUGACGGGAGCGAGGUUUCAACAUGAAGUGAAAUAAGAAGUCAGACUGUCUUUAAAACAUUUCAAAUCCACCUUUCUCCCGGCCCGCUGCGUCACCUGAUACCGAGCGGCUGGUGCAAACUGUGACACUGCUCGAGGUCGGAGGUCAUCCCACAGCAGGAGGAUCUCUUCUUUCCCCGCCCCUCCCCUGCUCCCUCGCCGCCGCUCGGCCGUCGGCCUGCGUCGUCCACAUCUUGAAGCAGUUAGCUGAGCUCACUAGUUGUGCAGCAGCCAUUCACAGCGAGGCCCGCCGCUCCUCUCGGUAGCAAUUAAAAGAUUGGGUUACACAUGUGGGGGGGUCAGCGCUGCCAAGACAAGCAGCCGUCCUCCAGAGGAGCGGCGGAGCGAGGCGAUCAUGUUCAGGAUUGGUAAUUAAAUGAUCGUUUCCAAACAUCCUGCCGAGGAUCGUUAUCAGCGUUUCCUUGAUUCAGGAGGGUCGUGGUGUUUUGUUCUUUCUUGACCAGGUUUGAUGAGCCGACUCGGACAUUUGGAAGAAAUUAGAGAAUUUAACUGAACCGCUGUUUGAAAGCACGACUUCAGUUUGAGAUUAAACACGAUUUAAUAAAGAU